UUUUUAUGUAAGUGAAAUGUCAAAAUGGGAGUGAAAACUUAAAGAAAACAAUGUGAAAUUACUGUAUUUUUUAUUCUGAGAAUGAAAAGAAUCUACGUAAUGACGCUAUAAUAUAACAUCCGAAAUGUUUACCAAGAAAUCUCACCAAGAUGUUAAGAAAUCGACAGUUAAAAUACAGGACUCCAAAAAGGAUUCAGCAACCCGACUAAAACACUUAAAAAUCGUUUUAGAACAUUUUGACACUGAUGAAGCCAAAAAUUACUUCGAAGGGAAUUUCAGCCAUGUCUACUUUAUAUUAUACGACAACUUCAUACAAGCUGAAAAUAAUCUGCGGCAACGAGAACUUCCAUUUCAUCUCGUCCACAAAGCAGGCAGAGAGGAAUUAGAAGGGGCAUUGUCCCUUCUAGACAAGGUAUUAUGUCUUCUGCCGGAGCUGAUCGGGAAGAGAUGGCAGUUACACUCAUUGACGAGAAUAUUUUCGAAACUCCUCCAUAGCGGGAACUCACAGAAAUUAAGAGCAGAGGCUAUAAGAUAUUUCCUGCUGUGGUACCAAGCACUAGGUGACAAUGCUCCGAAUGAAGUCCAUAAAAUGUUCGCCACCCUCGUCCCUGGCAUGCCUGAGCCUGUUAUAUUACCAACUGGAUCCCCCCUUAAGCCAAACAUUACGUCGAACGACACCCACGGCUCUGGUGACUUCAGUAUAGAGGACAUUAUGCAUCAUCCGAACUUUAACUCUGCUGUAGAUAAUGCAAAGAAAGUUGUAGUAGAACAAACGCCUACGGGUAUCAUGGGGAAACUCGCUAACGUGUCAGCUUCCAUAUUCCAUGAUACAAACGCCCUGAACCCAGUCCAGAGUGUAGAGAUCCAACCUCUUCUACCGCCGAGUGCUAACGAAAAGGCCGUUGACAAUGAAACUAAAUAUUUCUUUGAAAUACUUCUCGACGGAAUGGCCACGUCGGUGACGAAGAUACAAUGGAGAGACAGAUGUCACGCAAAGGCAAUGAGAUGUUUCGCAUUUCUACUGGAGAAAUUCAAGAUUUAUUAUUUGCCUGUUAUAUGUCCUCAGUUUAAUGUCAAGAAUUCGUUAUAUAAGCCUAAUUUAGAAUUGCCCGUCCAACACAACAUUCUAGAAGACGACUACGUACUAUGCCGAGUGACGUUAAUCAAAUGGGUGGCCAGCUACGCUCACUUCAUGAAGAAGCAGGGCAGUGACGGUGGCCAGCCUUCGUCCAUGACGAGCACGGGGUCACACCUGCCUCACUCGAACACCCCGACCCCGGCGACCUCGUUGCACCAUGAGGAGGAAACUUCGUUCACUGUGGGGCAUCCGUCUGACUCCAGUAGAGCGUCGUCUCAUGAUUCCGCUUCGAAUACUCCGCAUCCUAGUUUGGAAUCAGGCUCAGGAGUAUUCGAAGAGCUAAGCUCGGAGCUGGUAGUGCGCGACGUGCUGUGCUGUUCAUCACGUGAACACGUGGACUUCACGAUAGAGGUGCUGCGGCAGGCGUUCCUACUGCCCUUCUCUCACGCUGCGGCUGUGAGGCGCGUCAUAGCGCUGUAUAAGGACUGGAUACAGAUGAAUGUAGCGGAAAUUCCCCCAUUCCUAGUAGAGAACACGUUUGAACAGCAAGGAGGCGGGGAGCCAGCGAUACCACCGCGGCGUCUCCGCAAUGACUCGUACUUAGGUGCUGUUGGACGGGACAAUGUUAUGGUGCGAGCCGGGUUACAGAACGUAUUACAAAUAUUCAUGACACAAGCAGCGAACGUGUUCCUAGCAUCAGCGUCGCCGGUGGCUCCCCCUGGCGCGUUGAGUCAACAACAGCUGUUAGAAGAACAGACGGACACGUGCAAGCGAGUGCUCAAUAUAUACAGAUACAUGGUCAUGCAUGUCGCUAUGGAUGCUAAUACCUGGGAGCAGUUAUUGCUAGUUCUACUACAAAUAACUUCAUUGGUGCUAACGAAAGUGCCGCCUAAAAGGAAACAGGAGUCUUUAGGAGGUUUCCUAGCCCCGGCCUUAUUUCAAACGCUGAUAGUGACGUGGAUCAAGGCAAACUUGAACGUAGCCGUGAAGCCGGAACUGUGGCAGAAUUUUAUGGAACUACUCACCAGGUUGACGCAUUGGGAGGAUCUGAUCAAAGAGUGGGCGAAAACAAUGGAAACCCUAACCCGCGUGCUAGCUCGUCACGUAUACUCGCUAGACUUAUCUGAGAGUACGAGUGCGGAGCGAGGCCGCGGCGGCAGGAGGGUGGUGGCCGCACCGGCGCCACUGCCCAGGCCUGCGCCCCACCACGCUGCUGCUGUCCUCACUACGCAUAGUACUAGGACUCCUGGCAAAUCACCAAAGUCAGGUCACGAGCCUCACCCUCGCAAGGAGCCCGGCAGCACACGACGACAACUCACUAGAUGUCGCAGUGACCCACAUUUGAGCAAACAUGCGCAAACGCAGACGGAUACCAAAGAAGUAAACGAGAAAUCAAGGAGAUGGUAUUCUUUAGACUCAUUACGGAACUCGACACACGAAGAGAGAGAUUCGGCUAGUGGUUCACGAUCACCCUCGCCCGCGCCUUCAAGCGGCGUAGAGAGUAGUUCUAUCAAAGAUUCACCGUUACAAAUUGAUUUGGCUUCCGAUGGCGGAAAUGUCGUAGGUUCAUUGGAUCUGGGUAUAGCAGAGUGGACGGAGAACGAGGCGGGGCUGGGCGGGCGGGAUGAAGGCGUGGGCGUGGUGAUGGGCGGGCGGGCGCGGGGCUGGCUGCCCGACGUGGCGGCCGUGCUGUGGCGCCGCAUGCUGGCCGCGCUCGGCGACCCCAACCUGCUGCGGGACCCGCAUGCCCACGCCAAUCUCUACAACUAUCUUAUACAUCUUAAUAGCACGCUGUUGAAGAUAAGUGCGAACCAGACUCUCAAUGGGAACACGGAGAUCCACGUGCCGUUCAACUUGGUGGCGGGAUGGUGUCUCGAGGCAGAGGCGCUGCCGCCCUCGCACAGAGCGGGCAAGCUCCUAGCACUGCGCUUGCUGUGCGAGUCGACGCAGGCGCAGGGCCCGGGCGCGCCGUCCUCAUGCAACAACCGCCUGCAUCUCGCGCAUCUGCAUCUCUACCAGCGGGCGCUGCAUCAUGGUCUGACCGGCGAGGAUCGUUCAGUAGUAGACGUGCUAGUAGAGCACGCGGCGCCUCGCUACCUGUCUCUAGCAUUAGAUGGCUAUUCCCUACUGCUGCUGGACUUCGUACACGCCUCUACUGUGGUUCUCAACUCUUCGGACAUGGGGCCUACGUGUCCCCGCACGGCAGCGGUGACGUUCCUCGGCUCCCUGCUGUCGUUACCCGACGGGCUGAUGAACGCGCCAAUGUUGCAGCCCUACCCGCACCAAUAUAACACCGUGUCUUGUCCUGACCUCAAGGAGCACGUACUUAACAUAGUAGUACGAGUAUGCCGGCGGGAGGGCGGGGCGGCGGCGCGGUGCGCGGGCGCAUGCGCUCUCACCGCGCACGUGUGUCACCUGCUAGCGUCGCGCACGCACUGCGCGAGGCUGCCGGCCUACGUCACGUGUCUGCUGCAGAUGCUCAUGAUGAAAAACAAGAACAUCGCGAAAGUAGUGAGCGACUGUAUUCUGGUGCUAGCCGAUUAUACGGACCGAAUCGUUGAAAUGUAUCCUGGACUUGCCGGUAAAAUAAUCAAAUGGAUAUGCGCAUGCCUAGCGCAGAUCUCGCCAAGCAGCGCUCGCGACACAGUGAAGCCACUGGCAGGCUCGUUGCUGCUGUGUUUAGCCGAGUUCGCAGUCAGGUGCGGACCCAACUACCUGAUGCAGGAGAAGGAUGGGGAACAGUCGCUGUUGCUUAUGAUAUUUAAGGUGCUCUACGUAGUAAUGAAAGGUACUAACGGAUCUGACAUCGAAGGCCUAUCCCUACCUGUUGACGAGGACUUUGACCCCAACAUACAGCUGGACAACCUUGGACCCAAGACAUCCCCUUCCUCUACCAUAGACGUCAAACUUUGGGCACAAACGAUAUGCACGCAACUAGUGCUGUUCCUAGGCCACUGGCCUCUGUGGAACGGGUGGCAGGUAUCAUCGUCAGUGUGCGAGCAACACGACAGCCCCGCGCUGGGCGGCGAGCUCGGGCCCGCGGUGCUGUCGGCGCCGCACGUGCAGAUGUUGCGUCUCAGUGACGCCACUCUAGCGUCGCUUAUAGAGCUGCCCGCGCUCGAUAUGCCGGCUGCCACUACACCAGGCCUAAUGACGUCAGAGAAGCAAGUGCGAGUGCUACUGCGUGACAUCGCCGGCAAGGCGUGUUGGGAUGCCUCGGCAUUGUACUAUGACCCUUCUAUAGCCUCGUCUGAGACCGUGGAACCACUUGAAAUGCCUGACAGUAUGGAAUGUCCAAGAGACAACACCCUGUCGUCUCUCCCGCCGCCCCUGCCCCCGGAUCUAUUGCCGGACUACAAGAAUUGCCCGCCCGAUAAACACCAACUGGACCAUGUAUUAGCGUACAUCGGUCACACUUCACCAGAGGUAGUGUGUGGCAGGCGACUGGACGAGGCGGGUCCGUCGCCGCUGCCGCCCGGCGCGGAGGACGAACUCGUCGCCUCCUUAGUAGCUCACCGGAACAGUGAGCGACAGUACCUCGCUACCAGAGAUAGCACAUCAACCAGUCUCGAAGAAGAGGAGACGGUAUCCCUCUGGUCCCGCGCGUCGUCGCGGCCCUUCGGCGUGUGUCGCGCACUGGCGGCACAACUCGGCACGCUGGCGCCGGCCAGACGCACUCACGCGCAUCUGCUGCGCAGGACCGACCGGUUGCUGAGGGAGCUCAGGAACUUGGAUGCGCAGAGAUGUCGCGAAACGCACAAGGUAGCAGUGAUUUACGUGGGCAAGGGACAGGAGACGCGCAAUGAAAUACUCUCUAAUAGGUGCGGCAGUCCUGCGUAUGAAGCGUUCCUUGCUGCACUUGCUUGGGAGGUGGAGCUAGAAAGUCACGUGGGCUUCACGGGAGGUCUGCGCGGCGGCGGCGGCGGCGGGGUGUCGGCGCCCUACCUCGCCAGCCUCACGCUAGAAGCACUGUUCCACGUCGCCACGCGCAUGCCCGCCGACUCGCCUGAUGCUAUACUUAAUAAGACUCGACACCUGGGUAACGAUGAAGUCCACGAGGUGUGGAGCGAGCACUGGCGGCCCUACAAACGCGACACGCUGCCCACGCAGUUCUGUGACGUGCUCAUAGUGCUGUACCCUCUGCCCGGCGGCCUGCUGCGCUGUACCGUGUCCCGGAAGCCUGACGUAUGCGUAUUCGGCCCCCUGUGGGAAGAAUGCAUCAUCCGCGUGAGCUGCGUGGCCGCCCUAGUGCGCGGCGCGGCGGUGGCGGGCGGGCGCGCGGUGCGGGCGGGCAUGGCGCUGUACCAGCACGCCUACGCCGAGCGCUCCCGCGAGCUCGACGCGCUCGUCCGAGCCCACACGCUCCCCUCCACCUUCGAGACCUUCGUCGAGCGACUCCGCGACCCCGUCCCCGCGACCCAGCCGCACGGUAACGCCCCAACCCGACCCACUCGGCGACGACAACUCACUUAGAUCAAGGCACGGGUCGUCUGGCGGCGGCGUUGCUGGACCACGGCGCGAGCGCGUGGGCGGGCAGCGGCGACACGCACGGGGUGUCCCCGCGGCCCUCCAAGCGCCUCGGCCCCUUCAAGCGGCCCCCGCACAACGCUCACCCCGCCCCGCAUACAGCGCCGCCUCUAACCGCCCCGCCCCCGCUCUCCGCGCCCUCCUCCGCUCCUCGUCGCAACCGGUGAGCACGUGAUCACUUCGACAGCUUUCGUCAUCCUCUGAUAUCAGCCAACGCAGUCUCCGGCAGUCGUACUUAGCUUCGGCAAAGGUUCACACGGCCAAUACUCAUACAUUCACUAUGUACGGGCAAUUAGGGCGUGACAAACCUGUCCAAUGCGUUCUUUAUAGCAUUGUCGGUGCUCGAGCGUUACAGGUGGCUCACUACAUCCAAACGCUAAACGCUAUGGUGCAUAACUCGUUACUGAUAGUACUCGAGAUAUUGUUAGACUUGAUCUGUUUUUACCUGACACAUUUUUAUAGAUCGAAUACAAUUACACUCUUACCGAAAAUAAAGGCACGGACAAACAUUACUUGAUGAAAUUGAGCAAACGUGAUAACUUUGAUGAUUUUGUCCACGCGGGUCAAUAUUUCGGUCUCUUUACAUCUAAGAUGCUAUAAAACCUAAAGGCCAGCCGCAGUCGAAAUGUUCUGUGAACGUCUCCGCUCCGUAUCUUAGUUAAUUCGUCCAUCGAGAGAUUAUAGCACUAACUUAACGGACUUAAAGGAAUUUUCAUGUACUUAAUAUGUUAUAAGCUUUUAAUAUCUGUAGAGUCUUGCAUUUAUAAUGUAAUGUACAUGCUUGCUGUUAGCUUGAACCGUGCAGACCGUAGAGUUGAAAUGUUCAAAACAUUUUAACACAUAUUUUUAUGUAAAUGUCUUGUAAUAAGCGAACUGUAAUCAGCAAUCAUUCGACAUUACAUUGGUGUUUUCUGUACAUAUGUAAACUAGUUUUAGAGCUUUAACUGUUGUAGGUUUGUUUAUACGAUACUAUUUAUUUGCAUAAUUGAGAUUUAAAUCGAGUCCCAUUCGUUGUUAUUAUUUAUUUUGUAGAGAGGACGUAUGUUUAUCAGGCUAAAACGUACGCGAUAGAAACCAGGUAAAUUUAUUUAAGAAACAUGCGUAGUUUCAUGUCAUUAUUUCACAAUAUAUCCUACACAUACUGCUCUAGUAUGCUUUAAGUGUUUCAGGAGAUAUGAGCUUUCUUUUCCGGUCCCUGUUUGUACAUUGGUAUUUUUUUUGUAAGAAAUUAUUUUCUAAGUUUAAAAUGACCUACAUUCCAUUCAUUUGUUUGAAAGUAAUUUCGGAUGUAUUAUGGAUCUACGCGUGAACUGAGACAUCGUGGUGAUAAUAUUGUGUAACGAUCGACUUGCAUUUAUGGUUUACCUGUGGUACUCACGUCAACUAAUCUGAUGCAUUCCAAUCAAAAUAUUUUUUGAAGAAUCUGUAUUGUUUCUCAGUAUCUCUUAGAUUUAUUAUUCAUUAAAAUAGUUAUUAUUAUUUAUUAAUCUGAAUGAUUAUUUCCACAUUUUAAUUUUAAACAGUAUUUUUAUAGUUGUUAAGACUGACACAAGAUUAUGUAUUACAACACUAAGUAUUAAAAUGUUAUAUUUUAUUAAAACAAUGUGGUGGUAAUACUUAUAACUUAUUACAGCUAAUUUAUUAUUGCUAGUAUUUGUUGAUUGAAAUAGCUUCGAGAAUGUCACUUAUAAUAAGUAAUCCAGAUAUUAACCCACAGACAUUAUCUAAUGUAACCAAAUUUUUAUAUUUAAAAUGAUGUAAAAAUAAAGUUUUGUUAAACUUU